AUGGAUUCCGGUACUACAGGCAAGCUCCGCGGCUGCGCCUCUGCGCCGUCAGGCUUUUGCCCCCUGACCCGUCGUUCCGUCACCACUGACGCCGCUUCCUCGCACGCCGAGAACAUCCCGCAGGAGGAUGACAAGCCGUUCACCGUCCGCCUCUCCGACGAGAGCUUCGAGACCUACGAGCUCGACCCGCCUCCCUACACCCUGGAGACCACCAAGAAGGAGCUGAAGCAGAUGUAUUACGACAUGGUCACCGUCCGCCGUAUGGAGAUGGCCGCCGAUCGCCUCUACAAGGAGAAGAAGAUCCGCGGUUUCUGCCAUCUGUCGGUCGGCCAGGAAGCCGUCGCUGUUGGUAUUGAGCACGCUAUCAACCGUCAGGACAAGAUCAUCACCGCCUACCGCUGCCACGGUUUCGCUCUGAUGCGCGGUGGUACCGUCAAGUCAAUCAUCGGUGAGCUGCUUGGCCGCCGGGAGGGUAUUGCCUACGGCAAGGGUGGCUCCAUGCACAUGUUCGCCGAGAACUUCUACGGUGGCAACGGUAUUGUCGGUGCCCAGGUGCCCGUCGGCGCCGGUCUGGCCUUCGCCCAGCAGUACAAUGAGCAGCCCAACACCUCGAUCGUCCUGUACGGUGACGGUGCCUCCAACCAGGGUCAGGUCUUCGAGGCCUUCAACAUGGCCAAGCUGUGGAACCUGCCUGUCCUGUUCGGCUGUGAGAACAACAAGUACGGCAUGGGUACCUCCGCCGCCCGCUCUUCCGCGCUCACCGAGUACUACAAGCGUGGCCAGUACAUCCCCGGUCUGAAGGUCAACGGCAUGGACGUCCUGGCCACCAAGGCCGCCGUCCAGUACAGCAAAGACUACGCUGUCUCCGGCAAGGGCCCUCUUGUCUUGGAGUACGUCACCUACCGCUACGGUGGUCACUCCAUGUCCGACCCCGGCACCACCUACCGCAGCCGUGAGGAGAUCCAGCGCAUGCGCUCUACCCAUGACCCCAUCGCCGGCCUCAAGCAGAAGAUGCUCGAGUGGGGCGUUACCUCCGAGGAGGAACUCAAGGGCCUCGACAAGGCUGCCCGCGCUCACGUCGACGCUGAGGUUGCCGAGGCCGAGCAGAUGCCUGCCCCCGAAAACACCCCCCGCAACCUCUUCGAGGACAUCUACGUCCGUGGCUCUGAGCCCCGCUGGAUGCGUGGCCGUACCGUCGAUGAGACCUUCUACUACUAG